CCACCCAUUAAAUCACAUGACAUAGAUCCGACUCAAUCCAACGACACCAGAUCCACUCUACAGACGCAGCCAAUCACAGUUCAGCUAUCAUCUCAACUUGUAUCCUUCUUGGUUACUAAUAAGGCACGGAACAUGCGAUCCUACGCCGUGAAAGACCAUCCGCUUCCGUCUGCCUCCUCUCUUGGCGGAGGAAGCGGGGUUUGCGCUCAUAUCUCGCACCAGUCUCACACGAUGGCAAGUUGGAACUCACAGCGUUUUCUCCUCCUCGCAUCAUAGUUCCAUCAAGAUAUAACAAACAACAAUGGAAGAACCACCCUCACCACCCUGGGGCUCGCUUCCCGUGGAGAGAUAUCUUGUGACCAAAUGGGACCACACCUCCCCCCUCUCCCCAAACGACCAGCGAAAACAGCUAAUCUCAGCAUUCCUCCAAGACCCAUCCAAUGCUCCAUCGCCCCUCGACACCAAUGUCCCCGUAUCCUCAGACUUCGUGCGCGACAUCCUCGCGCCCUGGCGCCCGCAGAAGCUGCGGCGCAUCGCGCAGCGGUACAGCGACGGGAACAUGAUCAGCGACUUCAUCCUGCUGCGGACGUGCUACCGCGACAACAACGCAGAUGACGCCAAGCUGCGGGAUUGGUUGGAUGAGGACACGGGCGAGGGCUUUUCGAUUAGUGCCGACGAUGAGUGGUGGUUGGUGCUCGACGACGCGGCGUUGUUUGCUUUUGACGACGGUGAGGAUGAAGAUGAGGAUAGCUGGAAGCAGGUGUACGACGUCCUCCCCGAGCUCGCAUCGUUAGGCGCCCAGCCCGUGCCGGUCGACCUGGACUACGUCCGCGAAAUGGCGACCAUGCACAACAGUGAGCCGGAGCAAGAGGACUAUGAGUUCUGGAUCCAGGAGAACGCAGCGUCAGGGAAGUGGCUUCUGGUGCUUGACCAGUAUGCGUUUGAAACUGAUGAGCUUGGCUUGGUGUUCCGUGACGCCAGGGGAAAUGUCGUUAGGUGGUCGCGCAUCAAGGCGGAUAUGCUGGGGGACCUGUUUAUUCGCUGGUCUCGGGGGAUGCUGCCUGAGACGAACUAUUGGCUGGACGGCGACGUUGGGGAGGACUAUGAAACUAACGGACGUAUUAUGCGGGAGCUGCUGCCUAAAGUCAUGGCUGACGCUUGAAUGUGUAUAUCUCUAGAUAGUUCAUCUAGUAGAGCUAGAGCCUGGCAUCUUGUCACUCACGUCGUCUUCCAUGCCUUUACAGUACGAUAAGAAGCUGAAUCCGACGCU